AUGUCUUUACAAAUUAAAACUACGUUUUUUCGUCAAAGCUCCGGCGGUCAAGAAUUAGAUUGGAUCGAUCGUCGGAGCAUUCCUAUCCAAAAAUCAAAUAUUACUUGUUCACCAUCAAUAGUUCAAGACACACGACAUCAUCUAUCACAGGAACAAGUUACAUUUCUUAAUCGUGGACCAACCUAUGCUCCACCAUGUCAAAUACAUAUUUUAUCAAAAUCUUCUUUAGUACUGGCUCAAAUCGUUACGAAACAAAUGGCACCACUUCAACGAGAACUUGCAAAACUUUUCAUCAAAUAUCCAAUCGAUCUCUCUCGUCAAAUGCAUUUUGAAAACGGGAUUGAACAAUUAUUCAAUAAAUCAUUUCUUCAACCUAUACCUUCUGUAGUUGAAGAGCGUGCACUCUAUGAAAAACAACUCAUUCUAUCAAUUAGAUAUCAAUUAAAUAAAGAUCAAUUGAUUCUACGGCGAACCGCUGAUGAGAUGAAUACAUAUUAUCUUGGUCGAUUGAAUGAAUUUAAUCAAAAAUCGAAUGAAUAUAUUCAGAAUUCAACUUGUUACGAACUGAUUGAAACAAUUAAUGAAAUUAAUACAGAACAACAACAAUUAGAAGAAAUUAUUCAAUCUAUUGAUUUACAACUGGAAAUAUUAUAUCAAAGAAAAUUGAUUAAAGAAGAUCAUUUAAUCAGAUUAAGUAUUGGCAAAAAAACAAAUAUCAACCUUCCAUAUCUUUAUUUCUUACCAGAAACGAAUGAAAAUGUUCAUAUGUCAGUACAACCACGACUAUCAUCAUGUCAGCAUUGUCCAAUAUAUACUCUAGCUACUUAUCUUAAUCAACUUCUUCGACCAUUAUUUGAUAAUUUUUCACGAUCAACAACAUUUCUUAAUGGUGGUGAUUUUAUACAAAAACUACAAUAUUAUUGUAUACAACUAGAUCUUCUUCUACCGAAAACAUAUUUUGCAACAUUUAAAAUUCAUGAUUUAUAUAUGAAGAUAUCACAUUCGGCUCUUCUUGAAGCAUUAAAUAUAUUUCUAGUGAAUCCACUUGUCAAUGGUCAACAUCAAAAAUUAUCAAGUGAUGCUAUUCAAGAAUUAACUGCAAUAGUCUUACGAAAUAAUGUUUUCUCUUACAAUGGAAAAAUCUAUCGAUUUAUUAAAGGAUGUCCAUUAAAUUUACCAUUAACAGAAUUAUUAUGUCAUAUUUAUAUGCAUCAUUGGCAAUAUUCAUUAGUUACACAUAUUUGUUUGAAAGAUGCAUUCUAUGGUCGAUAUAAAGAUACAGGUUUGUUAACAUGGAAUAGUCCGAUUGAUCAAUUGCAAACAUUAUUCAAUAAACUUGAACAAGAACUAGAUUCGAAUCUUCAAAUGACAACAUUUAUUAGUAGUGAUGUUCAUUUUCUUCAUGCUGCUAUUGAAAAUCGAAAAGGAUCUUUACAUACUCAUGUGCAUCAUGAUUCAACAAUUCAACCAUUUUUAUUACCUUAUGAGCAUAGUCAUCCACGAUUAUUUCAUCGACAAUGGUUUCGAGCUGCUCUUAUACGUGCUGGUCAAUAUUGUAGUUCGUUCGAAGAUUUUGAAGACGAACGACUUUAUAUUGAACUAACAUUUCUGGCUAAUGGGUAUUUAUUAGAUUUUAUCAAGUAUCAUAUCAAACGAUUCUUGACAAGAUUUAAUCCAAAUGAACAAAAACCAAUGAAUGUGAACCGAUCUACAUAUCUUUCAUUUCGUAAUGAAUUAUUUCGUUGUAUCGAUCAACAAAAACGUGAUCUAUUCGAAGAACAACAACUACAAAAGAAUCAUCAAUUAAUUCAAUUACAUUAUCUUUUUGAUUGGGGUUCAAGAUGUCAAUUCAAUAAAAAGUUUUAUCAAUAUUGGUCUACAAUUCUCGAGCAAGAUCCAGAGUUUAAAAAAUAUAGAUUAAAAAUCAAACUUAAUACUAAACAUUGUUAUUCAUCGAAUACUCUCUUGGCUCGAUCAAAUAAUACAUAUCUAUGA